UCGGGACUACACAGGCUAUUCGGGUUCGUCCAUCCCAGUGUGAAUUAUUAUUUUUUUAUAAUAACAAAUUUAGACAGAGGUAAAAUAAAAACAAACAGACGGAGCCAGCACUGAGGAAUAAUAUUUCUAAUCAACAGAAAUCUCGGUUUUUGUCUCGACUCAUACUCGACAGAUCAUCUUUCAAUCGAGAUCCCACAGUGUGGGAAUGGGAAAUGAUGGAGGAUAAAGGGCCUCGUGUAGCCGACUACUUUGUGGUUGCCGGCCUCACCGACUCAUCCAAGCCUCUGGAGGAGGAGCUCCACUUUGAUGAUGCCGGUCCCAAGUCUGUGAAACCAAAAGCCCCUAUCACCGACGUAGCAGUGGUGAUUCGCUCCCUGGGUGAAGAAGUACCCCCGGGGUUCACCUGUGUUGAAAGCACCCCCUCAGGCCUCUCUGCAGAGCUCAAUGGAGCCAGCCUCAGGGGCCCGCAGAUAUUCUUGUGCUUCAAGCGAGGCAGAGAUAAGCCUCCACUGACAGAUCUUGGGGUUCUGUAUGAGUGGAAAGAGAAGCUGAAGCCUGGAUGUCACAUCGUCCAGACCACCCCCUCAGGUCGCCCUGCCAACAUCAGCAACUCGUCAUCCCAGCGCAUCUACAUCACCUACCGCCGUGCACCGAAGAGUCAACCCCAUACCUCACUGGCUGUCACUGAUGUCUGCGUCAUCAUCCCCGGCAAGGGCGAGACGCCCCCUCACACCUUCUGCAAGGUGGACAAGAAUCUCAACAGCAGCAUGUGGGGAUCCUCAGUCUACCUUUGUUAUAAGAAGUCUCUGGCUAAGACAAACACAAUCGCAUACAAAGCAGGUCUGCUGUGUAGGUAUCCUGAAGAGGACUACGAGUCCUUCCCACUGCCUGAGUCUGUGCCUAUGUUCUGCCUGCCUAUGGGGGCAACAGUCGAGUGCUGGCCGGCACACACCAAACACUCCCUGCCUGUUUUUUCCACAUUUGUACUGACGGGUGCCUCUGCAGAAAAGGUGUACGGAGCAGCCAUCCAGUUCUAUGAGCCUUACUCAGAGGAGAACCUGUCUGAGCGUCAGCGCUCGCAGCUCGGCCUGCCAAGCUCUGAUCUUGGACCCGAUGGGACCAGGAGUGUUUACAGCAACAAGAGCAUCUGUCUGCUCUCCCACUGGCCCUUCUUCCAGUCCUUCAGAAGCUUUCUUACUUUCCUCUACCGAUACUCCAUCUCUGGACCGCAUGCCCUGCCUAUUGAAAAGCACAUCUCUCACUUCAUGCAAAAUGUGCCAUUCCCCUCUACUCAGAGACCACGCAUCCUAGUGCAGCUGUCUCCGCACGACAGCCUGAUACUGAGCCAGCCUGUGUCCUCUCCGCUGCCUCUCAGCGGUGGAAGCCUCUCCACGUUACUCCUGAAUCUGGGCCCGAAGAAUGCAGCCACUCUGCUGGUGCUGGCUGUCACAGAGCACAAGAUCCUGGUUCACUCCCUGCGUCCAGCUGUGCUCACCAGUGUUACAGAGGCCCUUGUGUCUAUGAUCUUUCCCUUCCACUGGCCAUGCCCCUACAUCCCCCUGUGCCCUCUUGCUCUGGCCGGUGUCCUCAGUGCACCAUGUCCUUUCAUCGUGGGUGUGGACUCCCGGUACUUUGACCUCUACGUGCCCCCAGCUGACAUCAGCUGUGUGGAUCUGGACACCAACACAAUCUCCCAAAAAGACGACAAGAAGGCUCUAACGUGGAAAAUCUUGCCCAGGAGAGCCUGCAAACAUCUCCUGAACACCCUGAAUAAGCUCUAUCAGCAGCUCACUGAGGGUGGUCAGCUGAACCGUGAAGAUGUGCAGAUGGAGCACACAGUGACUGACAGUGAGCUUAACGGUGGGAAGAGUCUCCACACUCUGGAGCUGGAGAUCCAGGAGGCCUUCCUGCGCUUCAUGGCGGCCAUCCUACGAGGAUACCGCUCCUACCUCCUGCCCAUCACCCAAGCCCCCUCUGAGAAGACCACCGAUGCCAGCUCCCUCUUCGACAUCCAAGGCUUCCUGAAAAGCAGAGACCGCUCCCACCAGAGGUUUUACUCCCUCAUGACCAAGACUCAAAUGUUCAGCCGUUUCAUAGAGGAGUGCUCCUUUGUCAGUGAUAAAGACGCCAGCCUGGCUUUCUUCGAUGAGUGUGUUGAUAAGCUAUUCACCACUGGCGGCAAGAUGGACAGUGAGCGGCCAGAGGAAACCAGACUGAUCGAACUGGAUGAAUCCCACCGCAGUGAGCACACGGUCUAUAUCAACCCUCCAGAGCUGCCUCCACUACCAAAGGGAGAAGAGCAUCCUCUGUGCUAUAGCUACUCUGGGUUCCCUGUGCUGAAUGCUGAGCUUCUGGAGCCACUGGAGGGGCCAAAUCCUCCAUCAGGAGGCAUGGCCUCACGCCACAGCAGCCCUGCCAGCCCCACGGCCAUCUUUAGGCGCUCUAAACAGGAGAUCAAAUCAGCUCAAAGGAUGGCCAAAACCCAUUCAUCUAUGCCUCAGAUGUGGUCCAAGUGUCUGCUGCGCCACUGCUACGGCCUUUGGUUCAUCUGCCUGCCAGGGUUUGUCGGCACCUGCCACUCAAAGGUGCGCGCUCUGCGUACAGCUUAUGAUGUGCUGAGGAAGAUGCAGGACAAGAAGCUGCAGGCUCCAGAUGAGGUGUGUUACCGUGUGUUGCUGCAGCUGUGCGGGCAGUACAGCCAGCCAGUCCUUGCUGUCAGGGUGUUGUUUGAGAUGAAGAAAGCUGGAGUUCAGCCUAACGCCAUCACCUAUGGGUACUACAACAAGGCAGUGUUAGAGAGCACCUGGCCCUCCACCACCAGGGGAGGCUACUUUUUGUGGGGGAAACUGAGAAACGUGAUCCUGGGUGUGCUCCAGUUCAAGCGAGCAGGGAGGAAACAACAGACACUGAACAGAGACCCUCAGCUUUCAGACGGCAGUGAUCUUGACACAGUCAGUCAUGGCAGUUUGGACAGUGCUAAUGACUCUGCCGAGCGCACUUCCAUCGACACUGACUUCACUAAAAUGGACUCCAGCGAUGAUGGAUUCAGUACAGGUGGACAGUCAGACCAGGGUUACGAUUCACUAUCCAAAGAGGAGGAGCGGAUGUGCAGCAGAGAGAGUGACAGCGUGCCACCGGUCGAAGACAAAGGGCCGAGGCAGUCCACGUCUGAGAUUGAGAUUCCAGUCAGCAGCGUUUCUCCUUCUUCUGGAAGCUGCAAAUCAACAGAUGUCAGUGCAGGGGAUGGCAACAGGCUGCUUUCCAGUCCCUCCAGUGACGCCAUUCUGUGUGGAGUUCUGCCAAAGUCAGAGAGGCCAAAAUCUCUGGACUUGUCUGGUGGACAAGGAAGCCUAAGGCUCACCGUCCCUCACCUUGGCUCAGCAAAGCAGCAUCACCUAGCUGCUGACAGACUGCACGGGGUAGAAGAAGAGGAGACAGAGACUGAUAAACAGAAACCUGUGGUGGAGAGAAGCGUCAGCUGCAGCGGUGCAGAGGAGAGGCCAGGUGUGCUCCUAGAGAGGAGUAUCAGCUGUAGUGCUGCGACUGUGAGCAGAACAGGUGUCAUUGAGAGGGGCUUUGAUCCCCUGUCACUGAUGGCAGCAGAUGCGGUACAAGAGUGUGAUCAGGAGAACAGCGGCACAAACAGGGCCCGCCGUGACCUCGCUGAAGAGAUCGAGAUGUACAUGAAUAAUGGCAACAGCCCUCUGAGCAGUCGCACACCCAGCAUGGACCUGCAGAACCCCUCGAGCCCUUUGUUUCGCCCUGCCUCAUCUCCUCACACCUCCCCGCGACCCUCCACCCUGCUCCGCUCUAGCACACACCUCCCGUUGCCUGUGAAAUCAAAGGAGAGGCUGAGGCCGUCGCCGUCUCUUCCUCUGGGUGUCUGUACAAAAGACAGGGAGAGACCUUCCUCCUUGGUGUCACCAUCCUCACCUACUCCCUCCUCCUCAUCGUUCUCCAUGGACUCACUGUUUACCCCGACUCUGGACAUCUUCAAGAGCAGCGUCAUAUCAGCAGGGAAGGGCGUGGCUGAGAAGGCCAGUCGCCUCUACUCUCGUCUGUCCUCCCAGACUUCAUUAACACAGGAUGCAAACUGUGACCGGAUUAGUGUAUCCUCACUGACCUCAGGAGAGGCAGACUGCUCCUCACUGCUUGAUAAUGACUCCUGUCUGGACCCAGAUGGCUUCACCUCCCCCCAGCAUGGCAGCGUUUCCCGGCUCAGGAGGAGCCCAGUUGUGGGUCAUAACAACCUGGGAAGCCCCAGCACGCCCAACAGAGUGUUCAGACACAACUCCUUCUCUGGUGGUUUGGCACUUCCUUUUAAACCCCCUCACACUCCAGAUUCCUCCCCCGACACCAGCCGCUUCCAACCCACUCCCAAUUACACCAUGGAGGUGCUGAUGUCCAGCUGUUCACUAUGUAAGACAUGUGACUGUCUGGUGUACGAUGAGGAGAUCAUGGCUGGCUGGACAGCGAACGACUCCAACCUCAACAGCACUUGUCCGUUCUGCGGCACAGCCUUCCUGCCUUUCCUUAAUGUGGAAAUCAAAGACCUGAGACCACAGAGCAGGUCUUCUAAGGAAAGUAAUCCUGUUACUGAGGAGGUCACGUCGCCGUCCCUCAAUUCCGAGGCCAAAAUGUCUGUGGCAGACUGUGCAGCUCAGUCAUCUGCAGCUCCCCCGCAGGAGCAGGAGAGCAGCAGGAGUGCUGGGCCAGCGCCAGUGACAGUGCCCUACCUGAGCCCUCUGGUUCUGUGGAAGGAGCUGGAGAGCCUGCUGGUAAAUGAGGGCGACCAGGCCAUCUCCUCCCCGAGUGUCGUCGACCAACACCCAAUUGUCUUCUGGAACCUCGUGUGGUACUUCAGAAGGCUGGAGUUGCCGAGCAACCUGCCGGCUCUCAUCCUGGCCUCCCAGCACUGUAGCCAUGGAGACCAGACUCCUCAGAGCGUCUCAUCCGAGGACAGUAAGCAGGUGCUCGUGAGGAUCAUGUGGGACAACCUGAAGUUGCACAAAGACAAAGUUCAACCCUGCUAUGUCCUGUGGAACACACAUUGUGCAAACUCCCUGGUUCGCUCCGGGCUGUGCGAAGAAGGCCAAGUCUUCACUGUGGAGCUACUGCAGGGUUUUGUGAGGAGCAUUAAGAAGAGUGAUGUCUAUCAGCCCAUGAGCCAGAUCAUCCAGCUGCUGGGGCCAGAGAUGGGCUUUAAGAGACAGAGGAGCCUGUACAGAGAUUUGUUGUUCCUUGCUUUGGUGGCUUUGGGAAAGAACAAUAUAAAUAUCAAUGCUUUUGACCGGGAGUACAAGCUGGCAUAUGACCGCCUCACCCCCAACCAGGUUAAACUGACACACAACUGUGACCGUCCCCCCGGAGCAGGGGUCAUGGAGUGCAGGAGGACUUUUGGGGAGCCCAGUCUGUAAAGUACUUCUCUUCUUCCGUCCCAUUAUGUUUUUCCUUCACGGUCACUGCUGCUGGGUUUCUUCUAUUUGUUUGUUUGUUUGUUUUCGGACUGCUCCUCAGACUCAGGACCAGCUCACCUGACUGGAGCGCAGAGCUCUCAAGCACAACGGGACAAUGACACUUAAUGUAAAGCAACUGCCAUGAGUUUCUAGUAUACUGUUAGAGGCGUGGAGUGACGGCCUUGUGUUUGUAAAUAUUUAGAAAAUCCACUGUAUUUUCAGUAUAACUCCAGUAAAAUGUUUGUACAGUUAUUAUACAGUCUAUUUUAUGACUUUGUUUCUGUUGAAGCUGUGAGUAAGUACGUAAAAGUAAGUGUAUGAUCAUCAUGUUGUCCAAAUUUGUAAGUGGUCCUGGCGACCUCGUUCAAGACUGUUGUCGAGUGUGUGUAUACUAAGUACAUGCUUUUAGACAUUUGUGUUUUUACAAAGCACUUUGACAAGAUGAGCUCUUGCCACUCAUUUUCAUUUAUGUAACACUGUGGCCCAGCCACCUACGCUUAAGUGACUUUUUAUUUGGCAGCUGCAGAACUUACUGCACUGUUUAAUAGUCCCAUUACAUGCAGUUAAUGGAAGCAAAGAAAUUCCUCUUCAUCUGCACCCUGCUAACAUAACAGGACCAUGCUCAUAUGCCUGAAUACACUAAAUUAAAUGGUUACAUAAAAAAAAAAAUGAACUUCUGAUUCAACAAGGGAGAACUCAGUUAAUGUAAAUGUAUAAUGUUUGUUUAUUACUCCUUUUUUUGUACAAUGUACCAAAAUAACCCAAAAGGGAAUCUCAUGAUUUAUUUAGUUUUUUUUAAGCAAUACCUUUUUUAAUGUGAGGACUUAUGAGUUUUUUGGGACCACCAAGGAUAGAUGUCCUUAAAAACAGUACAAUCAAACUAAUAGAUGAAUAAAAACUGAAAAUAAAUGUUUUCUGUUGGUUAAAUCGACACAAUUUUUGAUAAAGAAAUUAAUUUAUUGACACAGUAAUGCAUCUAUAAAAAUGUACAGAGUAUUUGAUUCUAGUAUUUUGUAUAUUUCCUUUUGGUCUUCACUGUAUGGUGUACAUGUCAGUUUUGGACAUUUGUAUAGCAAUGCACUGUUUAAUGUGAAAUACAGAGCAAAAAAAAAGGACAUUAUAAAUCUCUUUGGACAGAUGAUGGCGCAGGUUUCUUUGCACUGAGCAUAUUAAAAGAUUAAUUUGAAAGGUGUUAAGUUAGGAGAACAGCUCUGACCUGCCCUGCUUCAAAAUCACGUCCAAAAAUGAGUGUGAUGGUUCACUGUGUUAAUAUUGUCUCUCACUUUUAACUGACAAAAACCUGCCUACAUUCUGUUUGUACGGUACAAAUGUGACGCAGCUUCACAGUUUAUUACUGGACUUCACCACAGUUAUUUAUGGUGACACGAUGCUGGAUUAGACGAGGCUGUGUGCUUGGAAUAAACACCAAUAUCACAGCAUGUAUAUUUGCAUUUUAUUCACCUUAUAAUGUGUGACAAAAACAAACAAAAAAACACUGAUGACCAAAACAUUUGAUGUCUACAUGUUGUUUACACAAUUUGUCAAUUAAAACAAUGUUUAUGAUGUAUUAUUUAUCAUUUGUAACACAGAUACUAAUUUGUAUGAUUUUUAUAUGAGAAAGAAAUCAAAUUUCUUCCCUGGCUGGAUCUAUAGUUUGCUUUCAUUUAUGAAUAAACAC